UCCAAGCUGCCUGGGCCAGGCUGCUUUGCAUGUUGAUUGGGGGAGGGGUAAUCCGUUUGCAGCUGUCAUAGGCCAGUGAUGAAUCACUAUCCAGUCAUUUGGCCGCCGUCCCCCCUGACCAGGGGAGGAGGAGGGUAGACCUGCAGGAGGAAACAACAGUAGAGACCUCAACUUAAAGACAAUAUGCCUUUCACGGCUGCAGUAUCCUCCUUUUUCUCUUUUGGUUAAAAGGGAGCAUUGUGGUUCUCUGCCAUGUGCUCUGUGUAAUUAAGAGCUGACACCGAAGCAGAGUUAACAACAGCUUCUAAUUUUUUACCCCUGAUCACAGGUGCAAACACCUCAAACCAGUUCAGAUGUUGCUGUUUCCUCAAGUUGCAGGUCUAUGGAAAUGCAGGAUCUAACCAGCCCGCAUAGCCGUCUGAGUGGUAGUAGUGACUCCCCCAGUGGCCCCAAACUCGAUAACUCUCAUAUAAAUAGUAAUUCCAUGACUCCCAAUGGCACCGAAGUUAAAACAGAGCCAAUGAGCAGCAGUGAAAUAGUUUCAACAACAGCAGACGGGUCUUUAGACAAUUUCUCAGGUUCAGCAAUUGGGAGCAGCAGCUUCAGCCCAAGACCCACUCACCAGUUCUCCCCACCACAGAUCUAUCCUUCCAACAGAGCAUACCCACAUAUUCUCCCUACCCCUUCCUCACAAACUAUGGCUGCAUAUGGGCAAACACAGUUCACCACAGGAAUGCAGCAAGCCACAGCCUACGCCACCUACCCACAGCCGGGACAGCCAUACGGAAUUUCCUCAUAUGGCAUCAAGACUGAAGGUGGAUUGUCACAGUCGCAGUCACCUGGCCAGACAGGCUUUCUCAGCUAUGGCACCAGCUUCGGUACCCCUCAGCCUGGACAGGCACCGUACAGCUACCAGAUGCAAGGUAGCAGUUUUACAACAUCAUCAGGAUUAUAUACAGGAAAUAAUUCACUCACAAAUUCCUCUGGAUUUAACAGUUCACAGCAGGACUAUCCGUCUUACCCCAGUUUUGGCCAGGGCCAGUACGCACAGUAUUAUAACAGCUCACCGUAUCCAGCGCAUUACAUGACGAGCAGCAACACCAGCCCCACCACACCUUCGACAAAUGCCACCUACCAGCUUCAAGAACCACCAUCUGGCAUCACCAGCCAGGCAGUUACAGAUCCCGCAGCAGAAUACAGUACCAUCCACAGCCCGUCAACACCCAUUAAAGAUUCGGACUCUGAGCGAUUACGUCGAGGUUCUGAUGGGAAAUCACGUGGACGAGGCCGAAGAAACAAUAAUCCUUCACCUCCCCCAGAUUCUGAUCUUGAGAGGGUGUUCAUCUGGGACUUGGACGAGACAAUCAUCGUUUUCCAUUCCUUGCUUACUGGGUCCUACGCAAACAGAUAUGGGAGGGAUCCACCUACUUCAGUUUCCCUUGGACUGCGAAUGGAAGAAAUGAUUUUCAACUUGGCAGACACACAUCUAUUUUUUAAUGACUUAGAACGUUUUAAUUGCAUUGAUAAUGGGCAAGACCUAAGCACAUAUAACUUUGGAACAGAUGGCUUCCCUGCCGCAGCCACCAGCGCUAAUUUAUGCUUGGCGACCGGCGUGCGCGGCGGUGUAGACUGGAUGAGAAAGUUGGCUUUCCGCUACCGACGAGUAAAAGAGAUCUACAACACCUACAAAAAUAAUGUCGGAGGUCUGCUCGGUCCGGCCAAGAGGGAGGCCUGGCUGCAGCUGAGGGCCGAGAUCGAAGCCCUGACGGACUCCUGGUUGACAUUGGCCCUGAAAGCCCUCACACUCAUUCACUCCAGGACAAACUGUGUGAAUAUUUUAGUAACAACGACUCAGCUUAUCCCAGCAUUGGCGAAAGUCCUGCUGUAUGGAUUAGGAAUUGUAUUCCCUAUAGAAAAUAUUUACAGUGCAACUAAAAUAGGAAAGGAAAGCUGUUUUGAGAGGAUAAUUCAAAGGUUUGGAAGAAAAGUGGUGUACGUCGUCAUAGGCGAUGGCGUGGAGGAGGAACAAGGAGCGAAGAAGCACGCCAUGCCCUUCUGGAGGAUCUCCAGCCACUCGGACCUCAUGGCCCUCCACCACGCCUUGGAACUGGAGUACCUGUAACCGCCACAUAGCACUUUGAAACCGCGUAACUGCCCAGUGACCAGGAAUGAACGAACCCAGCAGGCCUGAGUCCCUGUCGGUGCCAGACUAGCGAACGUACCAUUUCAGCGUGGUGACGCCCAGCUGCUGCCGGCCUUCACUGCUGCCCUCGUGGUAAAUGAAGGCCCACGCACGUCUAUUUCUUCAAACAGCUGUUGCCUCGAGUACUGUGAAUCCAAUGAAAAGAAGCCAUGAGAAUGUUCUAGUACAAUGUAAUGUGUCUUCGCCACAUUAACUGCAUGGUUAACUACAUGGUUCAAACCUGUGAAGAAAGGACCUGCAGACGCCUGAGUCUUUAGCAUCAUCAAUGUGACAUAAACAGCUUCUCCAAUACGGCAACCUGAUGGCACAAUGAAGACGGAAAUGUUUCCUGAACACCAGUGGGGGAUGUUGUUACAAAGAAGGUUUACUUUUCGGUGUCUCAUACCCAGGGUAAUCUGCACACCUCUACUUAUUUAUGAACAGACUUUUUAAAAAACAGCUUUAUUGAGGUAUAAUCCGAGUACCAUUCAGUUCCCUCGAACAGACUUUGUGGGCAUCCAGUAAUUGAAGAGACUAUGAAUAGCCUAAGAAAUAAGCGAUUAAAGGCCUUGGCCUCAUGACACAGCAAGGACUUUGAAUUUUAGCACAUUGCAAAGUAGUUUAAAGUAUGUCUAAUUUAAACGUAUAAUAUGUACAUCACUGAGACAAUCAUGUACAGAAAGAAUUUUUGGUGUAAAUUUGUAAUAAUGGAUGAUUCUUUUACAUAUUGUUUAGAAAAUAUUGAAAGGCAGCAAUGCCUUGAUAGAAGUAUGAGGCAGUACAUGCACAGAUUCGUGUGCAGGGCCUUAGCAAAGUGUACUGGGUAUAAAUAUGUAGAUAAUAGGUUUUUGUUUGUUUUUUUAGAUAAUGUUGUCAAGACCAAAAGCAUGGAUGUCAAGUGUCAAUAGGAUUUCAUUUUCCAAGUCUCCCCUCCCCCAAUCAGUUCAUUGUUUUGUGUGUGCUGUGAGGAAGGCCUUGGUAAAAUAAUACAGCCGUGUCUUUAAUCAUUUGAAUAAAAAAUCCUCUUAGAACCUCACUUUUUCAUUUUCAAAGACUAAUGUAUUAUAUGUAAGUACUCGGAAAAAAUGAUUAUUCAAAUGCUUCUUCCCACAUAAAAUAUGUGGAUGAUAGAUAUAUUUUAUUAAUGAAAUGGUUCAUGAAUUGGAGACUAGCAAAGUUUUCAUGUGCUUAGAUGAUCAUGUCUGCAUUUCCUUGUUUAGAUAAAGGAAGACAUCACCAUACAUCUGGAAAUUAGCAAAACUUUGCAUUACUCUCUACAUUCAUGUUCCCUCUGCUUUCCUACUCUCCACCCACCCUCCCAGGAAAGUUCAUUGCUGGCAGUGGACGUGGCAGUCAUCACCACCAAGAAAUAAUAUUUCUCUUCACCUGUCUUAUAUAUUACACGACAAAUCUGGGAAAUAAAAAUUGUCAUCUUUGUUGUACCAUACAAAAUGUUUCUCCAAAAGGGAUUACUUUGAGCACUAUAAAGCCUUCUGUUGUCAUGAAAUUACUUUUUGGAUGAAUUUCCUUUAAAAUUAUAUUGGGUGGGGUAAACACCAGCUAAGACCCAAAGUAGCUAAAGAGCUACCCUCUCCCUUUCUUCAUGUUGCUGCUAGAAUUAGUCAGUUGAAAAUUCUCCAAAUUAUUUAACCAUUGUUUGGGGUUGUUUUUUGUUUGUUUGUUUUUUGCUUGGAGCAAACAGAACUUGACAAUUUUUCAUCUUUUCAUUUUAUGUUUUUGUACUCCGCAGAUUGAAAAGACAAAGUUUAUCUCGGCCUUAUUGUAGAAAGGUGUGUUGUGUCCACAGUUGUGUACAGAAUUCUUCUUCAUUAAUUUUGUGUUUAAAUUAAUAAAAUUGAUUUGUGAAGUACUGUAA